GGUCUAAAGUCUGUCAGAGACUAACAGACACACAGAGAGAGAGAGCAGGAUGCCACAGUGGAGAGGACUGAUGGAGCACAGGGGGGAGAGAAACCGGGCCCUGUUAGUGUCCGUGGCUCAGUUUGACCCCGGGGUGACCCUGAAGAACAGACCCGGAGCCAACAAGGACACAAAGAAGCUGCACAACGUCCUCAGCAAGCUCGGCUUCAAGGUGAAGAUCCACAACGACCUGAGUGCAGACGAGAUCGACCAGCUGUUUCUUAAAGAGAGCAGGCGGCCUGUCAACGACUGUUUCCUCGCCGUCUUGUCGUCUCACGGCGAGGAGGGCUGCGUGUUUGGGGCCGAUGGGAAACCGGUCCAACUGUCAAAGAUCUUCUCCUACUUUGACAACGAAUGCAUGGAGACGAAGGCCAAGCUGUUCCUCAUACAGGCGUGUCGGGGUGGCGCUCUGGAUGACGGCGUGGAGGUGGAUUCAGCAGGUGACAGCUUCUCUCAGCAGCUCUGUGUUCCUGUAGAUACAGCUGCGAUGUACGCCACAGCUCCAGGUUAUGGAGCGUUCAUGCACCCGCUCGGCUCCGUCUUCCUGCAGACUUUCUGCACUUUACUGAAGGAGGAGGGGAAUCGUAACCUGGAGCUGACCCGCCUCCUGACCCGCCUCUCCCACAGAGUCGCCUACACCUUCCAGGCCAAAGGUCGCGUCCUGGGCGGGAAGAAAGAGAUGCCGUGCCUCGUGACGCGACUGACAAGAGAAGUGUUCCCAUUCGCCGAGCCGGGGAAAGAAGGCGGGGCCGUAGCAGGGCUCUCGGCCACAUCGCUGGUCGACCCUGAAAGCACCCGAACGCGGGCUCCGUCGAUCAGCUAGAAGCAGCUCGCGGCUCCUCUGAAAGAACGCGAUGAUAACGAGAAGGAGAACUCUGUAAUUCAUCGUUAAUCAAAUGAAAGCUCAGCCCGGGCGUGUGUGCUGAAAUCUUCUCCACAUAUUGUACAUAACUCUGCAUCAGACUGUUCUAGCAGUGAGCGUGAAAUGUAAAACUUUAUUUCAAAGUAAAUCGUUUUUCCAACAAUUAAAAUGUCUAAAUCAAA